GGGCGCCGUGCCCUCCUCGGACCCACGAUGGACGCGCCGCCCGCCUUCGGGGCCAAGCCCCCCACUGGGCGAAAGAUGAAGGCCCGAGCUCCUCCACCACCUGGCCAGCCCACUGCCCGAACUGUGCCAAGUGAGCAGAGAACACCGAGAGACAUAGGCAACCAUCCGGCCCAGAACCUGGUCAACACAAAAGAAAACGUGCUGGACGACUUGAUGGAUGUUACUGUCAUUCUCCCCAGUGGACUAGAAAGAAAGAGUGCAGUGAAUGGAGGGAAUGCCGUGAUGGACCUCUUGAUUGAGCUUUGCAAACAGUGCCACUUAAACCCAGCCCAACACACCGUAGAGCUCUUUCCUUUGGAGUCUGAUCAACCUUUAAGCUUCAAGCCAAACACUUUGAUAGGGUCACUGGAUGUGCACACUAUACUGCUGAAGGAAAAAGUCCAUGAAGAGAAGAGUAAACCACCACUUCCUAAGAUGCCUGAGAAAUCUGUGAGGCUGGUGGUGAAUUACCUCCGGACCCAAAAGGCGGUAGUCCGAGUCAGCCCAGCGGUGCCUCUGCUGAACAUCCUCCCCCUCAUUUGUGCAAAGUGCGAAGUGCGUCCCGAGCACAUCAUUCUCCUCAAGGACAACAUUGCCGGAGAAGAGCUGGAGCUUUCCAAGUCCCUGAACGAGCUGGGGAUCAAGGAACUGUAUGCCUGGGACAACAAGCGAGUUCUUCAGACCAAAGCUCAGUCUGAACCUUCUCUGAUCUAUCAAGAAACCACCAGAAAAUCUUCAUUCAGCACUGACACAGAAGACAAAGAGAAGAAAAAAUUUCUGGGAUUUUUCAAAGUGAAUAAAAGAAGCAAUAAGGCCGGAGAGCAGGAGGUGCCGAGUGUGGACUGUGAUGAGGGGGCUUUAAAAUCUGCAACUGAAAUAAACCAUAAUGGCUGUUCAACAACUCCUAAUACCCCGUCGGUGAAUUCACGUUCCAUGACUUUGGGUCCAUCACUCUCCCUUAGCAACGUCUCAGGAAUGUCUGUAAAAUCAGAGAUGAAGAAGCGAAGAGCACCUCCUCCACCAUCAGUUACACCAGUCUCACUGAACCCCGAGAUGAUCCGUGAACAAGACAAGGCAACAGAAAAGAUUUCACAAGUGUCACAGAAUGAUUUCCAGAAAAAAAAGAGGCAUGCCCCAGCCCCGCCCACACCCCUUGUGCCAAAAAGGACCGAAGACAAAGAGGAGAACAGGAAGAGCGCAGUGGGUUUUGGACGACAGAUGCCACAAAAGCCUCCCAGAGGCAUUCCCCGGGGUCCGCCCCAGUUAGUGCUCCCCCCGCCCCCAUCCUACCCUCCUCCAGAUUCAGACACUUUGGAUCCACCUGUAUUUCCCAGGGAAGCCGAUGCUGCAGAAUCCAUCGUAAUGGAAACCAAACUGAGUCAGGCACUUGUUCAUGAUAAUACUUAUGCUGUGGAGGAUGAGGUGGGGAUGGAACUGUCUGAGGUGGAAGAGACUGCAUCUGUUAGCAGUUAUUUUGCAUCAGAAGACACAACUGAAGAUUCUGGAGUUUUGAGUUCUCCCUCAGACAUCAUCUCUCUGGAUUCCCAAAACAAUGGCGUGAAGUCAAAAGACAUGCUGGCUUCAGAUCAGGAAGAGGCUGCUGACCUAGAUGGAACUGAUGUGGCAGAAUUUUGCCCCCAAAGGAGUACUUCGGAUGAGAGCGAUGACUCUGGGAUUAUUAAUCAGAGAUCCUACAUGACGAGUGAAAAAGCAGUCGCAGCAAAGAACGAAGAGGAAGAUGUCUUCAUUCCUGGCCAGCUGCAGGAAACGCUUCAAGAACUAGAGGAACUAGAUGUGGAAGAUAAUUAUGAAACAGAUAUCAACUCCAAAUCUAGUUCCAUAAAUGGUGAUUCCAGUUCCCAUGGACCAAGUGCCUUGGUUAGUGAAAAAGCAAUUCCAGGAACAACAGAAAAGGAGCUUUCAAGGACGAAUACUUCCAACCUCAAAGGAAAUGGAGAGAGAGCCCCAUUCCAUGUUAGAGAGAGGUCAAGAGAAGUCUCCACUGAUGAAGUGCAGGCUGGGGAGCUCCCCAAUAAAAAUAACAAUGCAGGUUCCUUCGGAAUGGAAAAGGUGGCCGGCAAAACAACUCACGUGCCUACGAAUGUCACACGUCAACCAUCAUCUGAGAAGGCAGUCAGCCGUUUGCUUGUUAAAAAGAGGGAGGACGUAUUUCAAUCUUACAUUUUUUCUUACGAAUUAAGUAAAGAAAAGAACCGGGCACCACCAGAUUAUUAUAAAAGCGACGCUGAUGAAUGGAAAUCUGGGGUGACUCCUUCCACCUUCAAGACUCAGACCGAUGCUCUGAAGGAGAAAGCAAAUCAGGAUCACAAACCAAACGGCAGUAGAUUGUCCCAGAAGAACAAGACGAUGACUUUGGAGACUAAGGCAGAGAUAACUUCCCACAAGGAAGAGGAAAGCACCUCUCCAACCACGUGGCAUCACCGAGGGUACAAUCCAAAGGCAGGCUAUGAAUCGAAAUCCGGCCUCACCACCUAUAAAAUUGUUCCUCCGAAACCUGAAAUGAAAUGUUACGACAGAGAAGUCUCCCUGUCCACUGGUGCCAUUAAAAUUGAUGACCUGGGCAACCUGGUGAGCUCAAACACUGUUGGGUUGAAGAGUUCCUUCAGGUCUUCUGUCUCUGAAACUGAGAGCCAACCAAUUGGAAAACUAAAGGAAUUCUGGAGAUGCAACUCCCUGGAAAACCAAUCUGGGGUGUCCUCGGAAACUCUCGCAAAAAAGCCCGCAGCUUCUAAAGUGAAUCUCACAGAAACAGAAUUCAAAAUCGAAUCUGGGUUCUCAGAGCCCAAAUUACAGCCAUCCCAGCAAACUGCUCACAAAGGAGGUGAAAGGCAUAUGGAACUUGAAAAAACCAAACCACCCACCCCAGUCUCACUGACUCAGGCCAAAGUGCCAGGAACCUCAGCAGCUAAAACAACAGAAUUCAGCUUUCUAAAGCCCCAGAGGAGAACAUCAAGCCAGUAUGUAGCCUCUGCUAUCACAAGGUGCAUAGAACCUUCAAAGAUUAAGACUGAAUCCACAGGAAGGCAUGAUAAUGAAAGCAGUAUCGAACAUGGAAAGCCAAAGCCGGCCUUAGAACCUGAGACUAAGAAGGAUGUUGUGGGAUCCAAAGAGAGUCCCCCAGAUACGCAGCCACUCAGCAAGGAACAGUCUCCCUCAGAUUGUCAUAUUGGCAAUUGGAAAGAAUCAAACAGAGUUACAGGGAGUCCGCAGCCUCGAUCAGGAAACCAUGGAGCCAAUGCCAAGUCACAAACUCGAGACGAUACUGCCUACUUGUAUGGACAGAGCAUAGGUGCCACACUAGCAAAAUCCUUUCCAAGGGGUAAUUCCUUUGUUGAAGAAGAUUACGGAAGACGUGUGGGAAACAAAAAGACAGAUUUUGUCUGUAACCAAAAAUGUGAGAAAUUGAACAGUAGAAAUCUACCCCCAGCCCCUCACUCACCAAACUUCCAAGUGGAGAGUGGAGCGGUUUCAAAUUCUGGGAAGAUGGCUCCUGUCAGCAGCGAGCCUGCUGUCUCUUUGAAACAGUCAUCUGCACCAGGUGCUGCUGGGCCAAACAGCCUCGGUGUCAUGAAAGUGGAGGAGAAACUGGAUGCCUCAUCUGCAGAUACAUUGACUGAGUCAGAGAUUCCUCUAUCGACCAGCAUAUUUGGGCCCAAGAAAAAAUUCAAGCCCAUCAUACAGAAACCAGCACCAAAAGAUACAUCACUUCAUAGUGCUUUGAUGGAAGCCAUUCAGUCUGGAGGAGGAAAAGAUAAACUUCGAAAGACUGCAGAACCUAUCCCAGAUGGAAGUCUGAAGAAGCCCUUUUACCUUGAGCCCGAAAGCGAAAGAUCAGCCUUACUAGCAGCAAUCAGGGGACACAGCGGAGCCUCUAGGCUGAAAAAGGUAUCUUCUUCGGCCUCAGAGGAGCUUCAGAAUUUGAGAAAUGCAGAGUUUCCCGGGCCAACAAGGGAUGAUUUUCCAAAAGAAGGUCACCAUCCCCCUGCACAGCCUGCGAAACCCCCACCUUCAUCACCUCCUCUUCCUUCCGCUGAGUCCACGAUAUCCAAGGCAGCUCCCAAAUCCUCCCCCAGGAAUUCAGGCAACCCCAUGGAUGCCAGGCAGGCCUUGCUGAACGCUAUCCGCUCUGGCUCUGGGGCAGCCCGAUUGAAAAAGGUCCCGCUGCCUGUUUGAAUCGGGACCAGAGGAAGCUAACCGUGUACACAUCUAUGAUCAUCAUUCAAAUCCUUGAAGUGGCAAAGACCGUCAGGAAUCGGUAUUACUUUUUUGUCUACGGGCCAAAGUCUGCUGUAUUUCAUUUUGUGUAUGUUCCUAAAGAAUGAUUCAAAGGGAAAAGAUCUUGUCAUUCUCUUGCCCAGCCUGUGUGCCAAGAAAAUGUGUUUUGCCUCUCAAUACUUAAAGUUGCCAAUAAACUCUUCUUGUUGGCAGGCUAACAAGCAUAUAAACACUGUGUAGCCCAGGCCUGAAUUGUUGUUAUGGGCAAAAUUGAGAAGCGUUUGGUUCCCUAUCCAUCAAAGACCUAGAAGCCUUCUACCAUGUGCAGCUGUUGAAAAUGCUUCCCUGGCUUGAAAUCUUUAAGUUUAAGAAAACAGCUAGUGACAAAUAAAAAGGAAUGUGUCUGAUGUGAAGUAGACUUACCUGGAUUGGCAGCAAGGAUGAGAAAGUGCAAUUAUUUCUCAAAGCCUCAAUUGCCAUAGUCUACUAGUGCUGUCAAAUUCUUGACCUAGCCAUCUGUUUGGGCACUGACUCAUGGAGUUUCAUGUAUCAGAAACUGCUCAUGGUUUUUAUUUAUUGCCAUCAAAUGAUGCUUUAUCAAGUACUGACAUAGAUAGCACAGCAUUAGGUGCUAUAAAAUAGUGGUUUUCUAGCCCCCAAAUCCCCACAAAAUGAGAAACCCCAUAAUGUCCAAAUGGCGGCUUGCCCCUUCAGAACCUGGUAUGAAUUGGGAUAUGAUGUGUAUGGGGAUAAUAUAUCAGAGGACAGUACACUGAACCCAAAUCCUCUCUCUUGAAAACUGUUAAGCCAGGAAAGGGGAAACCUCAGUGUGUCCCAGAGAGGCAGAGUACAUCUCCAAAAUCUGCUUAGUGGUUGGGAGGUUGGAGUGCAAUCUUGUCCUGUCAGCCUACCCUCCAUUAGCUCAUUGGGAGAACUAUCCUUGGUUUGUAAAUUUUCAUGAAGCACACUGCUUUGUAUAAGCCAGUAUUUAUAACAAAGAUAAACUACUUUUGUAGUGUUCCUCUAUUUAUCUUCUAAGUAUUUUGUUCAGUUAACUGAAAAGAGAUGACUCACCAUCAAGAUGAUUUCUCUUCUUAUUCCUCCAUUCUGCAAUGUAACAAAGGAAAUGGAAAUUUGUAUAUUUCAAUGCUUAUAUAAUCAGUUAACUUUUGUGCACCGUUCAGAUUGGCAACAGGCUAUUCAUGGCCUGAAUUCAAACUGUUUCUACAUCAAGUUGCUAACUUCCACAUGUGGAGAGCAUUCAUCCGAUCACACCUAACUCCAACUGUCUAUAUCUGUUUGUUAGUGCCACAAGUAAAUAAAAUUGAAUUUCUAUUAAAUUUUGGUGUGAAA